AUGUUGAAAUACUUUACGAAAGAACAUUAUUCUAACUUAUCAUCUGGGAAAAGAAAGUCAUUAAUGAUGGAGAUGGAUAUUAAAACAAGAAAAACUUUUAUAACAAGAGAAGAAUUGAAACAUAUUUUCAUUUUAGAUUCAAUGGACGUAACAGCAGGAUUAUGUUUACUGAAUGUUUUUAUAUUUAUUUUAGGUGGGUUAACAAGAGAUAAAAAAAAGGGGGAUGUAACUACGAAUUUACAAGGAGUUUUAUUUAUUAUAAGUUUAUUGUGUUAUUCUCUUCAAAAAUUUUUAAAAAUGUGUAUUGUAUCUGAUUCCUUUUUUAUUCUUCUACUCUCUUUAUCAUGUAUUUUUCCAUUUUUAUUAUUAGAAUUGAAUGGAAGUUUUAAUAGCAUCAUUUUUUUUUAUUUAUGCAUAAUAUUAUAUUUUACUAGAUAUCAUUUAAGAAUUUUAUUUAUUUUAGAUAUUUUUUUAAUAAUGACAAUAUUUAUAAUUGAAAUCUCCAUAAAUACAAGUACAAUGGAUUUGUAUAUGCUAAUGUUUUUAUCAUGCACUUUUUUUAUUAGUAUUAUAUUAUACAGAUAUUUAUAUUAUUUUUCUAAAACAAUUGCUAUUUCUUCUACUCAACCUAAAAAAAUGAUGUUAAUUUUUCCUUAUAUAAAUGAAUAUCAAGAAAUCUGUUUCUUAAAAUUAGCUGAUAUUCUUUUAGAUUUAAAUAAUUAUAUUAAUAUAAAAUGGAAUUUAUUUUAUAACAAUAUACCAAAAGUUAACUUAAAAAAUCCAACAGAAAUUCAAAAUUUAAAAAUUGUUUCCUGUAGAUUAUCAAAUAAAUUGUAUACACUAAGAAAUCAAAAAAUGUUUGUCAAUUAUCCUCCAUAUUAUUGUCUUAAAGUGCUGUAUCACAAAAAAUUAUAUUUAGUUAGUUCAGCUAUUGAAAAAAAGAGAAAAAAAAUUAUGAGAUUACAUCCUUAUUCAAAUAAAAAAAAUCUUUAUUUUUUAAUAGAAAUGAUAAAGCUUCAAAGAAAUUUUUGCGUUCCUGAGAAUAAAAAUGAAGUGGACUUAAAAAGGAAAAGAUUAGACAAAAAAUUGGAUAAAUCACAGAAUACUAAAAAAGAGAAGAAUUAUUCUGAAGAGAAAAUCAAUAAAAAAAAUAAAAAUAUUAAUAAAAAAAAGCCAGAUAUAAAAAACUCAAGAAUAUUACAAAAAUAUGAGAAAAAAGAAAAAAGAAAAAAGAAAAAAAAAAAUGAAAAAAGAGAGAAAUCGCUUAAAUCUCAUAAAAAGCAUAAUAACUUAGAUACAAAGAAAAAUGAAAUUAAGGAUUUUUUUGAGUGCAAAAUUAAUAGCAAUUAUAUGGUAAAACACAAGGAUGAAAAUAAAAAAAGAAAAAAGAGUAAAAAGGAACAAAAAAUAUAUGGAAAAAAUAAUUUUCUAAAGGAUGAUAAACGAGAAAAAAAAAAAAAUAAAAUAAAAAUUUUAGGAAAUUUUAGACAUAAAAAUUGGGACUUUUAUAAAAUUCAUUCAACAAAAUUAAGAGAAUAUUCUUCGGAAGUCAAUAAAAGUGAAAAAAUAAAUGUAGAAAAAAAAAAAAAAAAAAAAGACUAUAAUUUAUUUGGAUUUCAGAAAAAAAUUCCAAAACUUAGAAAUAAUUAUACUAACAUAUUAAGUAUAGAAAGAAAAAAAAUAAAAAAGUAUAUUAAUAAUUUAAAAUCCGAUGAACAACUUUUUGAAUCUAAAUAUGUUUACAUUUUAUCAAAUAAAGGGAAUAACAAAAAAAGUGAAAAAAUAAAAGGGGUUGAACAAAAAUUAAAUUAUCAGAAAAAUAUACUUUUACCUGAAAAUGUUAAAAAUUUCAAAAAAAAAAAAAAAAAAAAAAGUGACAAAGUAGAAACGAUAAAAAAUAAUAAUGCUAAUAUCAUUGAAAAAGGAAAUGUUUUUAAAAGAAAGUUUAAAAAACUAGAAAAACACGGUUUACAAAUGUUAUACAAUAAUAAAAUAGAUGAGGAAAUUAAUGAAGGAAAAAAUAAAACUAAUAAAAGAAAAUUAUCAAAAAAUAUUGAUAAUGAUAAUGAUGAUUUUUCUUCUGUUGCUUCUAAACAAAACAAAUACACGCAAAAUAGUAUAAAAAAUUUUUUUGCAUUGAAUUAUAAAAAAGAAAUUUACUCAGAUAACAAAAAUAAUAAAAAGUAUAUCUAUAAUUCAACAAAAACUUAUUUUAAGCAGAAAAAUGAAGAUUAUCCAAAGAGAAAUAAGCAAAUAUAUUUUAAUAAUUCAGGACAAUAUACUUCUGCAUCUUUUAGUUCAUAUUAUAGUGAUAUAUCUGAAGGAAAAAUAGUCCUUAUAAAUUUAUCUUGUAUUUUUUAUAUAUUUAUUCAUAAGGUCCAGUUAUUAUUAAGAUAUAUAGAAAAAAUUAAUUACGUUGUACAAAGUGCUAAUUUUAAACAAGGAAUUUCACCUCAUAAAGAUAUUCUUUUAUCUUUUCUUGAUCAAAAAAUUGAAAGAUAUUAUUUAAUGUGGUCUAAUGCUUUUGAUUUAGUAUAUCAUGUACAAAAUUAUAUUUAUCAUAUUUUUCUAAUUCUAAUUUUUCAUAUCUUUUGCAUUUUCUUAAGAAUAGCCCCUAUACACUUGAGUCAUUCAUAUGAUCUCUUUAAAAUUAAUAGUUUUUUAAUAAUUUUUAUCUCAAGAUUUUUAGUAUCUCCUCUAAUUAUUGCUAUUAUUAUUUCACCAAUAAUAAAUACCAUAUCUAUAAAUCCAAAAAAUAUUUUUAAAAUAAAAACAUGUUUUUUUAUAUUAUCCCUUUUUAUAUUAAUAUUGUCAAUAUUAGAUUAUUUGUGGACAAUUUUUUUAGUUCACAAAAAUUUCUGGAAUUUAGAAGAAACUUCUUUACUUAAAUUACAAAAAAUAUAUAAGUAUAAUAUAUUUUAUGAAGCUGAAUUUAUAGUAUUUGCUCCUAUAUAUUAUUUUUUAGUAAUGCAUAGAUUAAAAAGUAUGUGGUAUAUAUAUGUUAUUUGGAUGUCCUUAAUAAAUAUAAUAUUUUGGAAAUAUGUAGGUGUUCCUUUAAUAGGUUUAAAAAUUAAUAUUUCCCUAAUAAUUUUAAUUUUCAUGUGUAUAUUAUUUAUUAUAAGGCCCUUUGAGAUAGUUAAAAGAGACAUCUUUUCAAAAUAUGUUUUACCAUAUAUAUUAUUUUUAGAUGAUAUUUUACAUUUUGUUAACAAUGAAAAAGAACUAAAAUAUUUAUAUUGUUAA